CAGCUGUGCGCAUGCGCAGAGGCAGCAAAAGGAGCUUGAAAAGUUUGUUCAGAGUGUUCCCGUCCAGGAGAAGAAGGAAGUCUUCAGAGUUUGUUCAACAAACAAACAAACAAACAAACAGCUCGGGAGGCACCGGGACCUCGCUGCGCCUCAAGCCGCUCUCAGGAGCUCCACCUCCGGCAUGAAGAUCGAGUUCGCUCCGCUGAACAUCCCGCUGAGGAGGAGGCUGCAGACCGCCGCCGUGCUGCAGUGGGUCUUCUCCUUCCUGGCCAUGGCUCAGUGCUGUCUGGCUGCCUUCAUCCUCCUGGUACUCUCUGAUUGGUGGGUCGUGGCCCUGCUCUACGCUGGUUGGCUGUGGCUGGACUGGGACACGCCCACCAGCGGGGGUCGGCGGUCUCAGUGGGUCCGGAGCUGGACGGUGUGGGAGUACUUCAGGAACUACUUUCCCCUGACGCUCGUUAAAACUGUCGACCUAGAUCCAAAGAAGAACUACAUCUUUGGGUUCCACCCUCAUGGUGUUCUGGUUGCAGGUGCGUUCGGGAACUUCUGCACGGAGGCGACGGGCUUCUCUCGGCUGUUUCCUGGUCUCAGGUGUCACCUGCUGAUGCUGCCGUUCUGGUUCCGAGUCCCGUUCUUCAGGGACUACAUCAUGAGUGGAGGUCUGGUGUCCAGCAGUAAGUCCAGUCUGUCCUACCUGGUCAGUCGUCCAGAAGGAGGCAACGUGGCGGUGAUUGCAGUGGGCGGAGCUCCAGAGGCUCUGGACGCUCGACCCGGAGCUCUGACGCUGCAGGUGAAACACAGGAAGGGGUUCAUCAAGCUGGCCCUCAAACAUGGAGCUCAGCUGGUUCCGGUCUUUUCCUUCGGAGAAAACGAGCUGUUCGAUCAGAUGGAGAAUCCGGUCGGCUCUCCUCUGAGGAGGCUGCAGAACCGCCUGCAGAGCAUCUUUGGAAUCUCCAUUCCUCUGUUCCACGCCAGAGGAGUGUUCCAGUACAGCUUCGGACUCGUACCCUACAGGAAGCCCGUCCACACCGUCGUGGGUCGGCCCAUCUCGGUCCUGCAGACCUCCUGUCCCAGUUCUGAGGACAUCGAGCGUCUCCACGGCGUCUACCUGCAGAGUCUGACGGAGCUGUUCGAGCAGCACAAGGACUCGUACGGACUGGGUCAGCACCAGCACCUCACCUUCAUAUGACCUCCCACGUGUUCCGGUCCAGAACCUGCCACAGACCUCUGGUCCACUCCAGAACCUGCCACAAACCUCCACAGCACCUGACCUCUGUGCACCAUGUGACCCAGUUCCUGCCGUCUGAUUGGUCCACUGAAACACGUCCACGGUUCUUCAGCCCCAGAGGAGGAACUGAACCGGUCCAGAACCUGCAGCUGUAAUCAGUGGACAGCAGGGGGCGCUUCAGAACCGAACCAGAACUGUUCUGAUGAUCCAAAGCUGCUCUGAAAGGUCCGACUCUGAGAUGGGUCAGAUUCUGAGGAUCCAAACGGGCCUUUUUGCCGGUCUUUAUGUUUCAGGGAAUAAAACUUUUCACAAUAAUAAAACUUUUGACUUGAAUAAUAAACCUCUUUAUAAUAAAGUUAUUUAAUAA